AUGUUCUUGAAGAAAGAGUUUCACGGCAUAGAACUGCCAGCUGGCGUCCAGCUUCCAUCGACUGCUGAGAUCGUGGAUGUCUGCGAAAAGCGUGGACACCAGACUCUUAGGGGUCUCGCCUAUCCAUCAGCAGAAAAGCCAAUUUUCUGGAUCAAAUACGGCUCUGGGGUUUACUGGAACGAGGUUCUUGCUCUCACUAUAGCCCGUCGAGAGCUUCAGCGACUUGGAUCUCCCGUCAGAGUGCCUGCGGUCUUCUACGCCUUUACAGCAGAUUCCGUUACCUACAUUGUCAUGGAGUACAUCGAGGGCAAGACUGGCUCCCAGAUACUCGAAGAAACUUCAGAGCCGGCGGAGAGGGAGGCAGUCUACCGUCAGAUGGCUGCUGGCAUACAGGAGCUGCUACGCAUCCCCGUUCCGCCCCAGUCUCGCCCAGCCGCCAUUGAUGGAGGGGUUGCUCGACAUCCCUUUUUCCAGGACUACGAGGCCCCCCGGCAUUACCAGACAGUCGAGCAGCUCGAGCAGCAUAUCAACUUAUUUUUACACCUCACAAAAUCGAAACCGCGCGUGCAAGACCUCUCACGCGAGCCUAUAGUCUUCACCUUCUCGGACAUACAUCCCGGUAACUUCAUCAUCAACGAUGGCCAGGUCACUGUCGUCGACUUUUCAGAAACAAGCUUUCUUCCAUCUAGCUUCGCCAAAUAUGCAAUAAGAAGCACAAGGCAUAGUCCUGAGUAUAGUAUCUCGCCCUGGAUCGACGUACCCAGCACGGAGGGAGUCGAUAACACAAAGGCACUCUUUGCUCUGGCCUACCCGAUGAUGAUCGGCGGACAUUCCUUUGGAACCAUCGGCAAAAGAAUACCAGGUUAUUAG